GUUUGCCAGUCGGAACCAGUCGCUCAGAGGAGCUGGAUGUAUGCGCACGGAUGGAGCGACGGGAGGUGUGAGGAUAGCGCUCUUUCGUUUCCAACAGAGAAACCCAGAAAGGCUCAAAUUUAGGUGGCCGGAGGCGCACAGGAAUGAACAGAAGGAGUGGAUGGAUGGUGGAUGAUAAGUCACCAGAACAGCGGUUCUGCUCCAAGCUUGAGCGGGAAGAGUUUGUGUGAAGUUGGGUCUUCAGAGACGCGCUGCGGGGUCCAGAGGGAUGAAGCUGACCGCCGCUGAUUGAUGGUCUAAGGUGGUGCACUUUUAAGGCUCACCGACUCUGAACUGCGACUUUUAGUUGGACAGGACAGGUGCAGCCGCUCGAUCUUUCUCCUUAAUUUGGUUAAUGUGAGGACCUCAAAUAUUGCAGGGGAAAAAACGUUAAAAUCCCAAACAAGAACAUUUUGAUAGACUUGUUUUUUUUUUUAUGUUUAACAACCCGAUAACUAGUCUGUAAUUGAGCCCGAGCCACAAAUGUACCGCUAACAUGCCACGGCAGAACAAUUAGGGUGGAUUUUACGCAUCUGCCGAGGAAUCUGAAAAUGUGGGGGAAACAGACGCGACGAUUUUCCAACUGCACGGGGGAGACCGCUUUGUAAACACAGAAGAGGAAAAGAAGGAGGAAGAAGUAGAGGAAGAAAAAAAAAACACUGACUAAAGGGACUGCUUUCAUUCAUUUUUAUAAAUGGAGCUGCGCAAAUACCUGUUGUGCCUGAAGUUCGUCCUUCUUCUGAAAGAGUGUCAGACAUUCAUGGACAUUGUGAUCGUCGUGGACGGCUCGAACAGCAUCUACCCCUGGUAUGAAGUCCAGAACUUCCUCAGCAACAUCCUCAGCAAGUUCCACAUCAGCCCGAAGCAGAUGCAGGUCGGUGUACUGCAGUAUGCAGAAAUAGCAGUCCACGAGUGGUCUCUGAAGGACUACCAGACCACAGAGGAGGUGGUGGAGGCCGCCAAGAACAUCAGCCGACAGGAGGGACGAGAGACACGCACUGCAGACGCCAUCAGAAUGGCCUGCACAGAGGCGUUCAGUGCCGAGCGCGGCGCGAGGGAGGGCGCCACCAAGGUGAUGAUUGUGGUCACGGACGGAGAGUCGCACGACGGGGACGAGCUGCCUGACGUGCUGGAGAAAUGCGAGAGCAGGAACAUCACCAGAUACGCCAUCGCUGUUCUGGGAUAUUACAUCCGCAAACAACAGGAUCCAGAGACUUUCAUCAAUGAGAUCAAAUACAUCGCCAGCGACCCAGAUGACAAGUACUUUUUCAAUGUGACGGAUGAAGCCGCGCUAAAUGACAUCGUGGAUGCUCUCGGGGAUCGCAUUUUCACUCUAGAAGGCACCCUGGGCUACAACCAGAGCACGUUCCUCAUGGAGAUGUCUCAGAUCGGCUUCUCCACGCAUGCGCUGGAUGACGGCAUUCUGUUUGGGAUUGUGGGCGCCUACGACUGGGAUGGAGGAGUGCUGAAGGAAGGGACCAACGGAGUAAUUGUGCCACCGAGAGACGCCUUUGAAAGCGAAUUUCCACUGGAGCUCAAGAAUCAUGCUGCUUAUUUAGGUUACACGGUGUCAUCUGUGGUCAUCGGUGACUGGAGGAGGCUUUACGUAGCCGGGGCUCCUCGAUUUAAACACAAAGGCAAAGUCAUUUUAUUUGAGCUCUUUGAAAAUGGCUCUGUUGACAUCGUACAGGCUUUGAAUGGAGAACAGAUUGGAUCCUACUAUGGCAGCGAAGUGUGUGGGCUAGAUAUCGAUAAAGACGGCAUCACAGAUGUCCUUCUGGUUGCUGCUCCCAUGUAUCUCGGCUCAGGAAACAAGGAAGCUGGAAAAGUCUACAUCUACACCUUCAGUGGGGAGGGAGUGUUUAUAUCUAAUGGUACUCUGAAAUCAGACAAUACCUCACAGGAUGCCAGGUUUGGUUAUGUGCUGGCUGCUGCUCCGGAUCUGAACCACGAUGGCUUUACUGACCUGGUGGUUGGCGCUCCGCUGGAGGAUGAGCACAGGGGAGCCAUUUAUGUCUACCAUGGACACGACAUUUACAUUCUCCAUGAUCCCAAACAGCGGAUACAAGGGUCGUCCAUCUCCCCCUCUCUGCAGUAUUUUGGCCGUAGUGUGAGUGCACAGCUGGACUUGGAUGGCGAUGACCUGAUAGAUUUGGCAGUGGGAGCUCAGGGCAGAGCCGUGCUGCUCAGCUCCCGGAGCAUCGUCCAGAUCAAUGUGAGUUUGUCCUUCCAGCCGCACUCCAUCAACGUCAUUCAGAAGACGUGUCAGAGGGGCGGCAGAGAGUCAGCGUGCCUCAACGCCACCGCCUGCUUCACGGCCGUUUCCCGCUCAGCCGGAUCACACAGCAGCACGUUUGAUCUUUGGGUGUCAGCCAUGUUGGAUGACAGGAAGUUUUCGGUGCGAGCUCUGUUCGACGAAAGCUCCCACAGACAAACGCAGCGUUCACUACAAGUUCAAACAAGAAACACUGUUUGUUACAAGCUGCCUUUCCACGUAUAUGAUACAGCAGAUUAUAUUCGCCCGAUCAGCUUCUCCCUGCAGUAUAAGAUCAAUGACACAGAGGCAGGUCCGGUGUUGGAUGAAGGCUGGCCAUCAAAAGUCACAAAAUACAUCCCGUUUUUCAAAGACUGCGGCGAAGAUGACGUCUGCACAGCAGACCUGGUCUUGAAGGCACACAUGGACAUCACCGGAACAAGGCAGAAGCCUUAUGUGAUUCGCAGCCCUCGUAGGCGUCUGGCGGUGGAGGUGCAGCUCGAGAACAGGCUGGAAAAUGCUUACAACACCAGCCUGAAGCUGCACUACUCACGCAACCUCCACUUCUCCAGCCUCAUCAUCAGAAAUACCAACUUCAAGAUCGAGUGCACCAGUAUCGGCUCAAACAGCCACUCGUGUAACGUCAGCUACCCGGUGUUUCGCUCUCAUUCAAAGGUGGAUUUUAUGCUGGAGUUUGAGUUCAGCUGCACCUCCUUACACAACUGGGUGCAAAUGAAGCUCAACGCUACCAGUGACAGCAGCGAGAGAAAGGAAACUCUGGGGGACAACAGCAUUCAGCUGCAGACUUUUGUGCAGUAUGAGCCAGAUCUGUUUAUUAGCAGUGACUCCAAUCUGAACCGCUACGAGGUCCACCCCACACGGACGGCAUCAGAAGCCAUGGGCCCAGAGUUCUACACACACAUCAGGCUGCUAAAUAUUGGUUGUUACUCUGUGAGUAACCUGGAGCUGCGCGUUCUUUUGCCCGCCGUGGCUGCAGAGGACGCCAUCUUCAUGACCGUAACGGACGUCUUCACGUACAACGCCUCGGGAAUAAAGUGCAGCGUGCUGAGCGAUCCAGCCCAGCUGAAGUCCAGACAGAGAGACGUCCGUCCCCUUCACCCUGAGGACAUGAUGCACAAUGAAAUACUGAACUGCAGCCGGUCGUGGUGCACAGAGGUCAUCUGUGAGGUGAAACAGCUCGGUCACCAGGCUGUUCUACGGAUCAGCCGGAGAGUUCACGACGACUUUUUCAGAAAAGUCAAAUAUAAGUCAGUGAAGAUAAUUAGCGCCUACAGCCUCUCAGCUCAAGAGACUAACCUCAUCACUCUGGGAACAGGAACAAUCCGGGGGGAGACUGUGUUGGAGGUGCUGAAGGGCCGAGCUAUUCCCAUCUCUCUCUGGAUUUUGAUUGGCAGCAUCAUAGGUGGUUUGCUGCUAUUAGCGCUCAUUAUAUUCAUACUGUGGAAGCUGGGAUUCUUCACACGUAAGCACAGAGAAGAUGAAAACCAGGAGGACUGAGACAGAGUUUGCGAAGAAGACGACCAGAUGAGCAGAAUCUGCAGGCAACACGAUGAGGUUGGAGUUGGAGAGCUUGAACAGGGAUCUCCAGGACCAAAGACGGCAUCCCCAGGGUCCAAUAGAAAUGCACUGCCCAAGAUUUGCAGGAUCAUAAGGGCAAUUUUGUAAAUUAUCUUUUUUUAUUUUAAGCAAAAAUGUAUCAAACUACAGGUAUUUUAUUUAACUUGCAGACUUUUUCCAUGAUUUCAUAUUUUAAAACAGUCAGAACUGGUUUGUUUGUUCUUUUAUGGAAUAAAAACUGUCGAAAAGAG